GUGCAGCUCGUUGGUGAAUCGGUCGUGUUCGGGUGUCCCAUCCAUAUGUUUUCAAUUCUAUAGGUUUCUCGUUUUCCCUCAAUUUCGCUUUCAAAGAAUUAGCAAUAAGCCCCCCCGCACGCCACGCCACCCCGCCGCGCCAGAACAUUGCCAACAACUUUCUUUUUUUCUUCUUUUCGAUUUUGCGGGUUUUCAAUUUCAAUUUCGUUGAUAAUUCGAUGUGUGAGGUAAUGGAAAAUUAUUGAAAAUAAUAAAGAGUUGGGGAAAACGUUUCUCUGUGGAAGAGACAUACAAACAAUUUGGUUACGCGUUACGUUCUUCUUGUUUUAAGUACAUUUUAUUUUGUUGCCCCUUCCUUUUGUUGUUGAUUUUCGUAAGCGACGCACAUUUUUUUACGCUCUCUGUUUUGCUUGAGCAUUCUUCGAGACCUACGUCCACCCACAAUCCGGCACUAUGGAAGCGUCACCGAGUAUGGAUAGCUACAGAUUCGGCACUAUCGACUACAUUGUGUUUUUGGGUAUGAUUUUACUUUCCACUGGCACAGGAAUCUAUUUUGGUUGCAUCAAGAAAACUAAAAAGAAACUCGAGGAGGUGGAACCAGCAUUACCUACCCCAACAAUUGGACAUAAUGCUGAGCGAGGUACAGAGAGACGUAAACAUGAUUUUGGUUCAGAAAAGAUGAGUGAAUAUUUAUUGGGUUCACGUAAUCUAAAAGUAUUUCCCGUUGCCAUGAGCCUGAUAGCGAGUUAUAUAUCGGGCGUUACGAUACUGGGGACCACAUCCGAGAUAUACAAUUAUGGCACACAAUAUUGGUUUAUUGCCAUAGCCAUAAUACUACAGGGAAUUGCUGUCUCCUAUGUAUAUAUACCAGUAUUCUCAACUCUGCAAGUUGGCUCUUCGUAUGAGUAUCUUGAAAUGCGUUUCCAUUCGGUGAUCAGAAGUAUAGCUUCAUUUAUGUUUAUUCUCGAUGAAAUUCUAUUUCUACCUUUUAUUGUAUAUGUACCUGCCAUAGCUUUAAAUCAGGUUUCUGGUAUUAAUUUGCACGUGGUUGCAGUUGUUAUUGUAAUUGUCUGUGUUUUCUACACUUUUGUGGGUGGCAUUAAAGCUGUGGUUCAUACCGAUGCCUGGCAGGUGCUGGUCAUGUUUUUGUCUGUUCUGGCUGUGGCCAUUUUGAGCACGAUUUAUGCCAAAGGCUUGGAUAAUCUCUUCGAUGAUGCCUCAAAGGGUGGUCGUUUAAUCUUUACAAACACGAAUCCAUCUCCAUAUAUACGUCAUACGGUUUGGAGUGUACUCAUCGGUGGAUUCUUCUAUUGGACAUCAUUCAAUGCCGUCAAUCAGACAAUGGUACAACGUUAUAUGUCCUUGCCAUCGCUUAAGAGUGCUCGGACUUCCAUGGCAAUAUUUACGAUUGGAGUUGCUGCAUUUGUCUCCGUUUGCUGUUAUGUGGGCUUGUUGAUCUUUGAGAUGUAUAAAGAUUGUGAUCCUCUAAGCGCUGGCUUGAUUACGCACGACGAUCAACUGCUGCCUCUUUUUGUAGUCCAGAGUGUGGGCCAUAUAUAUGGAAUGUCUGGUCUCUUUAUAGCUGGCAUCUUUGGAGCUGCUUUGAGCUCUCUGUCGGUGGUUUUGAAUUCCACAUCUCUGGUCAUACUGGAGGAUAUUGUACGCGGUUGCUUUAAACUCCAGCUAAGUGAGCGAGCCUCCACAAUUGUUGUCAAGUCAAGUAUUAUUGUUUUGGGCAUGGUUGCUCUUUCUCUGGUCUUUGUACUGGAGCAAUUAAGCGGCAUCUUGAGUAUAUGCACAUCAAUGACAGCCAUUGCAGCGGGUACAACUUUUGGUCUCUUCACUCUGGGCAUGCUUGUGCCCUGGGCGAAUACAAUUGGCACAGCAGCUGGUGGUAUAGCCAGUGCUCUACUGGCUGGUUGGAUAUCAUUUGGAACACAAUUUACCAUAGCAGCUGGACAAUUGAAUUCACAAAAGUUACCCGUUUCGGUGGAUGGUUGUUUGGGUGUGAAUGUCACAAUGCCUGAAAAUGUUUGGGUGGAUGAGGAAGAAGUUUUUCCGUUGUAUCGUCUGUCAUAUCAUUGGAUUAAUCCCAUUGGUGUUAGUACGGCCAUUAUAGUCGGCGCAUUGGUAUCUCUAGUCACCAAACCAACAAAUAUGAAAACUCUUGAUCCGGAUCUUAUAUCGCCAGUAAUACAUAGAUUCCUGCCAAAAGAAUGUUUUGUUGGACGCAAUCAUCAUACACAGGCGCACAAGAAUUUACUUAACAUUUCGUAGAAUAUGGUCUUAGUUUUCUAGUUCUUCCAUGUAUAGAGUAUAUAUAUAUACAUAUGUAUACGUUAUACAUUUAUUUGUACUUAGUAUACAAAUGAUUAGCCUAAUGUAGUACAAUUCGGAAUCACAAUGUAAAAGUUAAAGGAAAAUAUAUAGUACAGGAAUAUUAUGAAUCUGCAUUCAACAGGGAUAUACAUAAAUUGUUAAUUGAAAUUGUAUACACUAUUGUUAAAUGCAUCAAUGUAUUUAGUUUUAAGUGAUUGUAUUAUAAUAUUAUAAAUUUA